AUGCCAUCUUCAUCAAGACCAACCACUCCUUUGGAAAGAAGAAGAAGAAAAUCACAUAGAUCAUCAGGAAUUACAGUACCUACAUUAUCACCAAAAAUACAUCAUUAUCCAAUAGAUAAAGACCAUUUACCAUUAGAAUCACCAGAUAUAAUAUCUAAAUUUACUUCAUUGUCAGAUUCUAUAGAUGAUUUAGAUAUUAAUAUGAGAGAUCUAUAUCAAAUACAUGAUGCAUUAUCAGGACAAACUAAUGAAUCAUUUGCUAGUUUUUUAUAUGGUUUAUCUAUGACAUUAUGGUGCGUUGAUUUUCCUGGAAAUCCAUCAAAAGAAACAUACGAAGAAUCAAUAAGACGAAAAGAAAGAAAAGAGAAAAUAAAACAAAUCGAACAGAAAAUAGAAGAAGCUGAAAGUAUAAAUUUAAGAUUAAAACAAAGAUUAAAUGAAGAGAAAAUAAAACAACCAAUAACAAAACCAGUAACGAAACAAAUUACCAGACCACUAAGAACAACACUGCAAAAUAUACCUAAUAAAAGACCCAAACAUAAUGAAAAUGAUACAGGCAGUGAAAAUUCAUUUGUCGCUCAACCACAAAAUAAAUCAAAAAUACCAUUUGCAAAACCAACAAGUAGAAAUAGUUCUGGUCCAAAUUUAAAUCAACCACCGAGAUAUAUGAGAGGAUUAUUUGAUAAAAAACAAGAUCAAUCAAGUAAACCAAGUAGUUUAGCAAAUCGACCACGAUUUAGGUAA